UAACUCCGAUGUACAAGUAUUAUCGAAGAACUUCAGUAUGAUUCAAACGAUUUGAAAACAAAAAUUCUUAAAAUAAAAGCAAGUCAGUACCUUAACCCCGUACUGAGUAUCUUGACUCAUGCAUGAAGCACUCGAGUACAAAAAGUACUCAGUGCUUUAACAAAGUAUCGAGUAUUUGUUGUUAUCGGAACAACACUACACGUUCGUGCAAGUAAACAAUAAAAGUUGCAAUGGAUUUCGCCCGCAAUAUAUUAAAUAAAUACGGCUGGAAAGAAGGAGAAGGCUUGGGAAAGAAUAGCGAUGGCAUUAUCAAGCCCCUCAAAGCAGUAAUGAAAUUUGACAAUGCUGGUCUGGGUUCAGAUCAAGCGGCCAGUGAUUUUAACAAUCACUGGUGGGAGCGUGUCUUCAACGAAGCUGCAGGCAAUGUGGAAGUGAAGUCUGGGAAAAAUGGUGUAAGCAUGGAUCUGAAGAAUAAACAUGACAGCGUAGAAAUAUCUACCAAGGGAUAUUCGCUGAAGAAAUUGAAGAAAGCUAAGGAAGGUCGCAUUACAAGUGAUGCGAGGUAUGAUAACUUCAUUCAAUCUGCCACUCUUACCAAAUCUGGCGAUGAAAGAGAGAAUCCAAACAAAAUUACCGUCGCCGACAUAUCCGUAACACAAUACAAAACACUGACGGAUGACGAGUUAUUUCGGGCAUGUGGAGGAAGAACGGCGCAUAAAGGAGCGCGGCAUGGCUUAAAGCUAAGUGGAAAGUUGUCACGAAUAGAGCAACAGGAACAAGAACUUUUGGCAAGAAUGCAAGAACGCAAGAAGCAAUCUGUAGGACAACCUGACGAAAAAGACUCAAAAAAAAUUAAGCGUAAAAAGAAAAGUAAAAAGGAAGAAGAUGUUGUAGAUGGUGACCCCGACUCAGAACUGUCUAAAAACUUAGUUGCAACCGAAACUUGCAUUUCUGUUAAAAAGAAACAUAAAGUUUCCCAAUCUACCUCAGAGGACACUUUUAAAAGGGGGAAAAAUGAAAAAGAAGAAAUAAUUCAAUUAAGUGAUAAUGCCUCAGUUGAUGCAGACAAUUUAAAACAAAAGAAAAAUAAGCGUAAAACAAAAGAAACUAGACAUCUUGAGCUAGCUGCAACUAAUACAGACUUGGAAGUCGAUUGCACUGAUAUUCCGCCAAAAAAGCGAAGAGAAAACAACUGCAAAGGUUGCGAUGAGAAAGUCGAAGAAAACAGGAAAAAAUUGAAAAAGUCCAAAAAGAGGAAACAGUAGUAGUUAAAUAAAAAUUAUGAUAUUGUUUUAUUUAUAAACCUAUUGUUUAUUAAAAUGUAUAUGCCUUAACUAAAAAUUCUAAACUAUUAUU